AUGGCUAUACCUUUCUUCACCGGGAUCGUGGCCUCAGCAGCUUGUGGUUCGCGACACAGCAGUGAGAGCGACGUGAGCAGCGAAGCGGCCAGCGAGCGAGGGUCGACCACAACCUUGGGGGAGGAGUCCAGGAGGUACUCUCGCUCCUCCAUCAAGCGGCGCUCCUCCUACCGCGCCUCCAGGGCCAAGAACAACGACAUGAACGACCCUUACGACGCCGACGACCAAUCAGGAAAACCCCACCAAGGACUCUCUCUACCUCUCCCAAGAAUCCCGGACCUGAAACACAACACGGACCUGAAACACAACACGGACCUGAAACACAACACGGACCUGAAACACAACAAGGACCUGAAACACAACACGGACCUGAAACACAACACGGACCUGAAACACAACACGGACCUGAAACACAACACGGACCUGAAACACAACACGGACCUGAAACACAACACGGACCUGAAACACAACAAGGACCAAACACAACAAGUGAAACACAAAACGGACGAAACAAUACGACCUGAAACACAACACGGACCUGAAACACAACACGGACCUGAAACACAACACGGACCUGAAACACAACAAGGACCUGAAACACAACACGGACCUGAAACACAACAAGGACCUAAAGCUCUGAUACUACUACUUGAUAAUUCGGAUAGGGGCGGAGGGGUUACCGGGGUGUCCUCGGCCCAAGGGUCACCCCGGAGGACGGGCUCAUCCAGCCUCGAGGAGGACCAGUGGUUAUACCCGGCUGACGAGGAGUACCGCUCUACCAGGAGACGAUCAUCAGCUGUAUCUGAAGGAAGUAGGAUGUUGCCCACACCGCCAGCCUCCCCACGUGGGGCGUCAGUGUACCCAGCCACCACGCCCACAGCUCCCGGGGGCGUGGUGGGCCCGGUGACACGUAUCACUCAGUCCCUGGAAGUGAACACGUCUCGUGACCUGGGGAUGGAGGACGGACUCAAGAGACAGAGUUCGGUGACGGAGGGCGAGACCAUCCGUAUAGUGAUCCAUGAUGUUGAUAUUGACCACCGCAAGGCGAGUGUGGGAGACAAGGGAAGAAGACGUGUUAAGAUACAGAGGGACAUGUCUGACACUGGCCAUAGGACUCGUGGCCUGGGUAUGCGUGUUGUAGGCGGUAAGGUGGGCACAGAUGGUCACCUGUUCGCUUACGUUGUGUGGACGGUGCGUGGAGGGCCAGCCGAGGUUGCCGGCGUCUCCCAAGGUGAUAAGGUUCUAGAGUGGAAUGGCGUUGGGCUGACGGAUCGUACUUUCGAGGAAGUGUGUAGUAUCAUGGAGGAGCUGCUACCCCAAGAUGACACCGUUGAGCUACUCCUUGAACCCUCCAAUGAUCUUCGCUCCUUGGAUUACGGCGACGACCCGAGUGCCUUAGUUCAGCAGAAGAAGGGAUCGCUGGAGGGCAGAUCUCCCUCAGAGGGUGAAAGCGACAAGUCCCAGCUGUCAAGUUCCAGAAGAAAACUACCGAGAAUACCUAGCGACGUGACGAGGGACCCAGUGAGCGGUAAGCUACAGAUACAACUAUGGUACGACCAAGAGAAGUCCCACCUUAUAGUGACGGUGGUGUCGGCCCACGAUCUACGCUUCAGGGACAGCUCCACCUACGGCCCCCCUGAGGCCUUCGUCUGUCUCCGCCUUUAUCCUUUCAGCGACUGCAAGAUACACAGCACGGGAGUGGCGGAGUCUUCGUGUAAGCCUAUGUGGAAUUCCUCCUUCAUCUGGGAGGGUCUGACGGCCGACUCAUUGAUGGGCCUCACGCUGGAGAUGUCUGUGUGGGACUUUGUAUCUGACAGUGAGAAUGGAUUCCUGGGUGAGACGCUGAUUGACCUGAGACACGCUUACCUGGACGAGCGACCUACCUGGUACCGCCUUCAGGAGAGACGUUCCCGUAGCGCCAACGCCACACCCCGCGGCUCCAUCAUCUCCUACGACUUCACGGCACCCCCCAUCAGGAGGCCCUCGUCCGUGCGUUCAGGAUCAGAUGAUGGUGAAGACAGCAGAAACUCCUCCCUGGACUCCGGUCUCCUUCAUCCUGAUCUCGCCUGGAGAGAAUCAAGGUCACCCUCCAGACGAGGGUCAUCCUUGAGCGAGCAGGCCGAGAACGAGGUGUACCAGCUCUCCCGCUCCUACCCCCACUCGCUGCCCCAGUCAAGGCGUUCCUCUGUAGCUUACCAGUCCUCCUCCAGUCCUGAGUUCAAGGCUGAGGACUUGGAGGCGAGGUUGUCUGUAUCGAUGAGUCCGCUUGAGCGACGCCGAAGUCACAGUUUUAGGUCUUCCACGAGGAGUGAGUUCCUCCAGGGCGGUGACGAGUACCCGAGGCAGCGCCGAGCCUCCCACAGCGCCCUCACCAGGUCACACUCCCUCAAGACAAACAACCAGGUCGAUCACCGGGUCAAACCAGGAACACCCAGCAAUGGUCGCCCACACGAAGAACUGGGAACGUGGAGCGUGAGCGGGGAAGGGACUACAAGUGACCUGGGUCCUGGUCAGGUUGUGCCCCGAGGUUAUAGAGACAUAUUAACAGAUGACUUCACGCUCGGGGAGAUCCACCUGGUGCUUACACUGACCAAGGGACACCUGCAAGUCGAAGUCAGCAGCGCCCGGGGACUCCCCACUGCGGCGUCAGGCCAGGAUCCAGACACCUACGUGAAGACCUACUUGAGGGAAGGUAAUCGCCGCCUGCAGAAGCGUAAGACCCGGGUGACGCGACACUCCCGGGAGCCGCAGUACCAGCAGAGUCUCCGCUACGCUGCUCAAGAUGUCCUGGGACGCACUCUGCUCGUCAUGGUGUGGGAGAGACAGAGAGGCUUCGAGCACAACAUCGGCAUGGGUGUGGCAGAGAUCAGCCUGACGAAGCUCGAACAGGGUCAGCAGAGUCUCAGUGGCUGGUACCGCCUCCUCCCUGCCAGUAGUGUCAUAAGGGUCGACUCAGACUCGGGAGACAGCGUGCGUUAAGCAGGGGCACCGCGGCCACCUUCGUCAUGUCGCGCCCCUGACUCAGUGUACUGGGGCAGCUGGGAGGGGGGAGGGAGGGAAAGAGGAGGGGCACCUCACACCUUGGCUGAGUAUAUUGGGGCAGCUGGGAGGGAGGGUAGGGAGGGAGGGAAGAUGGGCAUUACACACCCUGGUUUAGUGUACUGGGGCACUUGGGAGGGAGGGAAGGGGGGGGGAGGGAGGGAGGGCACCUCACACCCUGGCUUAGUGUUUAGGGGCAGCUGAGAGCAAGAGGAGACUGAGUCCUUCCAGGGAUGGGACAUCAGAAGCCACUAUGGAUGAAGACAGCUGAGGGAGACAGCCAUACGAACGAGGAACUUGUAGAAUAUCUAGAAAAAUCUAUUUGUAAAACAUAAACACCGGUGAACUAGUCUAAAGACAUGAGGGAAGCACGAGGAAGCUGAUAAUGAGUCAACGGUAAAAUAAACACUCACAUCUGAGACCAAAACAUAACAAGAAAAACAGUGAGAGUGUAGAGGGUGAUUGAGGGACCUACAGCUCUAACACAAGAUGGACGACUUAUGGUGUUAAUUUUGCGUGAACAGAACACUUGAAAUAAAUGUAAGAUGAAGCUCAAGAUGGAAUCCUUGAAGAGAAAACUCAAGUAUGAGUGCGAAAAGUCUUGUUCUUGAUGAAGAGCGAAGACAUAUAUUGAAGAUGUUUGAGUGUGUGUGUGUGUGUGUGUGUGUGUGUGUGUCCGUGUUGUGUAGGUCUCGUGUGGACCGUAAGAGUCGAGGCUGAAGGUGAGCGUGAUGGUAGCAAGAGCUCAUACGUCGGGGACACUCAGAUGUAAACAUAACCAGAAUAAAACACACACUGAAGCCGAAGUAAAUCUUUACUCAGCACUGUGUCAUCAGACCUCAAGUGCGAAGAGUUUGGUGCAGUGGACCAUCGAUGAGUCGCCAACACUCUGAUGAAGCACCCAAGGCUCCUUGAAACGUGUACCAGUACUGUGACUCGGGUCAAUUGUCGAGUCGCCAAGACCAGUGAUCGAGUGAGUGACCCAAAGCUCCUCGACACACUUAUCACAAGCAUGAAACACGGAACCUGAAGUCUGAGGAACACUUGUCACUGUCGUGGACCCCGGCGCUCCCAGCCAGGGCACGACGGACUGGUGAGGACACGUAUGUUUCCUAUUUCAGAAUCAGUGAGACGAGAGAGACUUUAUUACUUACUUCUGUAGUGAGUGUUGGGGCAGGAGUCUAUCUGAGGAGACAAGUUGAGGUACAGUAGAGGGUAACUUAUGACUCACGGUAUAAUACGACAUCGGUGGCUUGUGUUGUACCGUUGUCCAUUGUGCAGUGAUUUAGUAGAACAAUUGUUUGUUUUCAACGUGUGUCUUUAGAGACGAAGAAACAAGUGUUUUCUCUCGUAGAUUAACCUAAUGACAUCAUUGCCUUCUUUUAUACUGUGUCGAGACACCUUCGUCAACCUACUGUACUUUGAUAUAAUGACAACCUGCCUAAACCAUUUUUUAACGAGAAUUUUAAGUGAUAAGUUAUGAUUGUGUUCCUCCUUAACACUAGUCUUAUGUCAGCUUAGAUCAUUUAUUUCAUGAACAAUUUUAGAGUACUGAUAUAUAUACUGUACCGGCAGGCUGUAGUUUCUUUACCACGAAGAUCAAGAUAUAACUUCAUCUUCAACUCUCAAGACUUUGGCACGAUUUUCCAGCUAAUGAGGGAAAUUGUUGCAAGUGUUAGCUAGAUAUAACCUAGAUGUUUGUUACUAUACAAUGUUUGUGUGUUCAUGGUUGCCAAACACUCGUGUAUGACAAUCACAUUUCUUUGUGUAUAAGAGGUGAAGGGUAUGACCCGCGAUCACUGAUGAAGAGUGUUGAAGGUUUGAUGGCAGGUCAGGUCAUGAAGAGGUCACGCGAUGUUACGAGAUUUAUCGACAAAGUAAUCACUCCCAAAAGUAUUUUUACGAUUUUGUGUAAGUUAAUAUGACACAACGGACGAAGGAUUUUAACAACCCUACCGAGACAACAGGAGACGCAGUGUACAUUUUGAAAUUCAUCAGACGCCUCCGUGAAGAUGCUUUUUGGAGCGAGUUAAUACAUUAAAAAAUUUGGUAUCAUUCACACUAAUAUUUAGGCCAACACUUUAGAAACUGUCAACUGUAUUUAGUGAGGCGAUAGUAACAGCGGACCAGUAGGGAGCAAUAGAUGAGAGUGGAGCCUACGAAGCGAUAGGUAGCAGUGGAGCCUACGAUAAGAGUGGAGCCCUAUGUAUGUGUUAAUAGAAAGAUAUCGUAAGGUGUAUACACAGGGGUCAAGAUCCUCACCGUCUGUCUGUCUGUCUCUGUCUCUCUCUCUCUGUCUGUCUGUCUGUCUGUCUCUCUCUCUGUCUGUCUGUCUGUCUGUCUGUCUUUCUCUCUCUCUGUCUGUCUGUCUGUCUGUCUGUCUGUCUCUCUCUCUGUCUCUCUCUCUCUGUCUGUCUCUCUGUCCCCCAGCUCCUAUAUCAACUCUUUCCAUCCCUUAAUUAACUUCUUUUUGUACAAUUUCUUCUUCUUUAUUCUAUCUCCUUAUUCUAGUUUUUUUUAUCUUCCUGUGUACCACUUUCUUAUUCUUCUAUUUACCUUCUCUUUCCCUUAUAUUUUCCUCUUCUUCCAUGUUUAUCCGUUGUUUACGCGAUUCUUUUUAUUGUUUUUUUAAGUCUUUAUCAUACGUCUGUGAUUUCUUUUACUUGUGCAUCAUUUAGCGGUGUUUGUUCAUUCCCUCCCUCCUCCUCUUUCCCCUCUUCCUCCUCUUCUGCCUUCUUCUCCUCCUUUUCUAUCUCUUAAUGCCCUUCCUUUUUUCCUUCCUUCUUUCUUUCUUUUCGUUUAAAUUGUCAAGCUUCGUCUUAUGGUAUUUUUAUUCUAUGCUUUCUCCUUGUACCUUUCCUUGCUCCUUUGUCCCCCUCCUUCCCCUUAUCCCUCCCACCCCUCACCCUCCGUGUUUCAUCUUGAAGUGCUCUUAAUCGUAACUUGUUUUAGUAUACCUUUACAAACUCUUUACAUUAUAUAAUACGACGUCAAACUCUCUCAUGUAGAUCUCAUUACCAAUUUCUUACAUCAUAUUAAUACUUGUACAGUCACGGGCAAAAGUUCACUCCCUGUGGUGAUACUGGAUGACAGGAAUGAGUCUCCGAGCUGAUUUAAACCCUGGCUGUCCUCUGGUGCGGGUUUGCUGUUUUAUCUCAUUCGGAGUCGACACUGCUUCAGUCUGGGAGGGAGCGAACUUCUGAACCCCCUGGUGUACCUGUUUCGUCGUCGACAGCUCCACGUCAUUACUUCUUAUAUGGCUCUAGACUAUAACAUUAGUAUGGUUCUUGUAUUUCAUCUUUGAUAUUCAAAGUCUCGAUGAGCGUUUAACUUUGUACAUUCUUGUUGGGGUAGUUUGGUGUGCUAAUUGCCUCGUUCACUUUACAACUGAGUCGUUUAGACACGAGUUAUAAACCUCCCAAAAGUUAUAAAAACAUGUAGUAACAGUAAGGUCAAUGGAGAUGCAUUUGAACAUUUUAACAUAUAUUGAUUCUGACGAUGAAAAACAUUACUUGCAUCCAUACAGUAUAUCAAGCUCAAAGAAAUAUUCUUAUCCGUGAAAGAAAUAAACCAAAGAAAUAUCUAUAUGCGUCAGAGAAACAAAUCAAUCCACCGUGGACCCUCGCUCAGCAGUACCCCGUGACGUCAUGACGAUUAGCACCAGCUGCUCCUGUCGUCUCAUGAGCCUUCUCCUAGGCUGUAUCUAAACGCACAAAAUGCAUGCCUCUUACUCUUAACGCUACUUUCUUAAGACACGUCACAUAUAGUGGUAGUGUGACGUGUAACAAAGCUUUCAUCAUCUCUCUCAGUGUUAGUUAAAACGGUAUAAACAUUACUGAUAUAGAGAAUGGUAUUAUAAACAUUCCUGUGUUAUAUAAAAUGGUAUUAUAAGCAUUUCUGUGUUAUAUUGAAGGACAUUAUAAACAUUCCUGUGUUAUAUUGAAGGGCAUUAUAAACAUUCCUGUGUUAUAUUGAAGGGCAUUAUUAACAUUCCUGUGUUAUAUUGAAGGGCAUUAUAAACAUUCCUGUGUUAUAUUGAAGGGCAUUAUAACCAUUCCUGUGUUAUAUAGAGAGGUAUAAACAUCCCUAUGGAGAGUUUUCACUAUGUCAGUUGGUGAAUGAGGCUUUGAACACAUUAUACGAGAAGCUCAAAAUGAUGAGGUGUAGAUCAUGUGUUUAGAGGAUUA